AUGGCUAGCGAGGUCGCACGUAAGCGAGGAACCUUGAAGGGCAGGCUGACCGUUUUGAAAGGUCUUAUAUCUAAUAAUGAAGUCGAUCCCUUGAAUGCCAGUAUUCGCUUUGAGCGUGUGACUGACUUGUUUAGAGAAUACGAAUCGCUCGUAGAAGGACUAGUUAAUGAAGAAGGAAAUCUCGAGGCUGAUCAGGCACGAAUCGUCGAAAAUGAAUAUUACGAAAUGGCAACGAGGGUUAGAACGCUCAUGAUCCCAAAUUCUUCGAAUCCUGGUACUUCUUCAAGUUUUGGUAUACCAGUUGGAAAUUCAACGAUGAUUGAGCGUCAACAAUUAGUAAAACUUCCAAUCGCCAAUCUUCCGCAGUUCGACGGUAAUCACGAGAAAUGGUUAUCUUUCAAGAACACAUUCUUAUCCAUGAUAGAUGCACGUACUGAUGUUGACGAUUUGAAAAAGUUCUUAUAUUUAAGAGACUGUUUGAAAGGCUCAGCAUUCAAUAAACUCGCUUUGUACGAUGCAAGUGCCGAAAAUUAUGCCAGAGCCUGGAAAACAUUAACGGAUGAGUAUGAGAAACAGCGCGUACUCAUUGCAAAGCACUACGACGGUAUCAUCGACAUUCCUUCACUCACUGUAGCGUCAUCUGAAGGCUUGACCAGGAUUAUUGAUGACGCACGACAACAUAUAAGUAUGCUUGAAUCUCUCAAGGUAAAGAUAGACAAGGGAAUGAUUGUUCGAACCAUCGAGAAAAAACUUCCUAUCGAUGUCCGAAUGAAGUGGGAAGAAACACUUAGUUUUGAUGAGUUCCCGACAUUUGAACAAUUGUGUAAAUUCAUCAGAAAACGAAGUUUAAGUUUAGCGUCACAAUCUCCUCGUGCUCAAUUGAUGAUGAGUGCCAUGAUUGUUGUGAAGAACGCAAGAGGAGAGUUGAUCGAAGCAAGAGCGCUAUUAGAUACUUGUGCUACAGCAAAUUUUAUUACCGAAAGACUAGCACGACAAUUAAAGUUGCCAUUACAUCCUUGUUCAGUGCCUAUUGGUGCAAUAAAUGAUAUGAAUACAACUUCGACAAGCAGCGUUGAUUUGCACAUUCGAUCUCGAAACAACACAUUUCAAAGAAAUAUCAAGGCAUUGACAAUUUCUAGAAUUGCUGAGUUCGUUCCAGAUGAAGUUUUUCCUCGAGAGUCGGUACACAUACCCUCAAACAUUCGACUUGCCGAUCCUCAAUUUCAUUUACCAAGACCAGUGGACAUUUUAAUUGGAGCAGGUUUGACCUUAUCUUUACUCAGCAUCGGACAACAUAAUUUAUCCAAGGGAAGAGGUGACUUGAUACUACAAAAAACGCAGCUAGGAUGGGUUGUAGCCGGUGGUCUUGACGAACCAAAACAGAGAAAUCAUGUUUCUUGUAAUUUGCUUGGCAUAUCUGAGCAAUUGGAAAAAUUUUGGAGGAUCGAAGAUUUAGACAAGGAUUCUUCUAAGUCUCACGAAGAAAUAUUAUGUGAACGACAUUUCAAAAAUCAUACGACUCGAGAUAACAGCGGUCGAUACAUUGUCAAAUUACCCUUCAAGGACGAUAAAAAUAAUUCGGGUGAAUCGCGCGAACAAGCAUUAAAACGUUUUUAUACAUUGCAAAGAAAACUUGAUUCAAAUUUGAAUUUAAAAAAUGAAUACUGCAAGGUAAUGCAAGAAUACAUAAAUACAGGACAUAUGUCUUUGAUCCAUGACGAAACGAUACCUGGUUAUUACAUGCCUCACCACGCUGUGAUGAAGGAAUCGAGUAAUACUACAAAGGUACGAGUCGUUUUCGAUGCCUCUGCUAAAUCUUCCAAUGGAGUUUCACUAAAUGAUAGAUUGAUGAUUGGACCGACGAUUCAGGCCAAACUGUUCAGUCAUCUUUUACGUUUCCGGUCAUAUGUUUACGUCGUUACAGCUGAUAUAGCGAAGAUGUACCGACAGAUUUUAGUCCACCCAGAUGAUAGAAGAUUUCAGCGAAUAUUUUGGUAUCACGAUGGCAAAAUACGGACAUUUCAAUUAAAUACUGUGACAUUCGGAGUAUCAGCUGCACCUUAUUUAGCAAUUCGUACAGUUCAACAGCUGACUGAUGAUGAGGGCAUGGAUUUUCCAAAGGCUGCAUACAUUUUGAAAAAUGACUUGUACGUUGAUGAUCUAUUGACAGGUGCGGACUCAUUGUCUGAGGUAAUUAAUAUUCGAGAUGAAGUGAUUGCUCUGUUGCGGCGUGGAGGAUUUGACAUACGUCAAUGGUCAUCAAACCAUCAUCAUGCACUAGAUAAUAUAGAAGCUAAAUUCGUAGAUUUGGACUGCGUUGUUGAUACGAGUGCCAUUUUAAAAACAUUAGGCGUUGUGUGGAAUUCACAAGUUGACGAAUUAUUAUUUAAAGUGGAAGAAAUUGACGUUUCGGCAAAGGUGACGAAGAGAAUAAUAUUAUCUAAUAUUUCCAAAAUUUUCGAUCCUUUAGGACUCAUAGGUCCAAUAAUAUUACAAGCUAAGCGAUUAAUACAAGAAUGUUGGAAGGCGAAACUAGAUUGGGAUGAAUCAGUUCCUCAAGAAAUAUAUACCUAUUGGAAAACGAUCAUCAGCCAACUUCCAUUGAUAAGAAAAUUAUCAUUUGAACGUCGUCUGUUGAUAGAGAACCCAACGCGUAUUGAGAUUCAUGGUUUCUGCGACGCAAGCCAAUGGAUCAAGAAAGAGCCACAGACUUUGAAAACGUUUGAAGCUAAUCGUGUGGCAAAAAUUCAAGCUCUCAAAGGUAGAAUAAAAUGGAGACACAUCAGAACACAUGAAAAUCCAGCAGAUGCUUUAUCACGAGGACAAUUUCCACAAGAAUUUAUAGAGAAUCAGUUAUGGUUUUCUGGACCGACUUGGUUGUGCCAAUCAUCUGACCAGUGGCCAUCAGAGCAAAUUCAAACAAUAGCAGAUUUACCUGGGGAUAUUCAUGUUGGCGUAAAGGAGAGAAUUAACACCGAAAAAAGAAUUAUCAAAAUUAUUCAAGGAGAAGGUUUCAAAAAAGAGAUUUCUAUUCUUCACGAGUUGAAAAAUAGCAAACGAACGCGAUUGGCAGCUCUUGACCCCUUUAUGGACGAAGACGGUUUGUUGCGCGUGGGAGGUCGACUGUUAAACGCAUCAAUUAAAAGUGAUCAAAGGAAUCCAAUACUGUUACCGUCAUAUCAUCACGUAACAGAUCUCAUUAUACAAGAUUAUCACGUCCACUUCCAUCAUGCAGGUAUUCAGACUACCUUGAGUAAUUUGCGACAUCGAUUUUGGCUUUUGGACGGAAAAAAUCAAGUGCGCAGAGUCAUUCAUCGUUGUGUAAUUUGUAUUCGGCACAGGCCGACAAUCAUGCACGGUAAAAUGGGAAAUUUACCUGCGGCAAGAGUUCAGGAAUCGUACCCCUUCCAACAUACAGGAGUAGAUUACUUUGGACCAUUAUUUAUCAAAGAGAAGAAAUUUCGAAAUCGUGGUAAGGUAAAGGCAUAUGGAUGUGUAUUCGUUUGCAUGUCCUCAAAGGCAGUCCAUAUAGAAAUAGUCAGCGAUCUCUCUACAGACGGAUUUUUGGGUGCUCUCAGACGCUUCAUCGGUCGGCGCUCUCGUCCAUCACAUAUAUACUCUGACAAUGGUACCAAUUUUGUUGGAGCAAACAAUCAACUUCGAGAAUUGUAUGCCUUAUUAAACUCAGAAGCAUUAAAGGGAAAGGUUAGAAACUUUUCGGCUCGAGAACAUAUAAUUUGGCAUUUCAAUCCUCCAAUCUCUCCACACUUCGGCGGAAUAUGGGAAGCCGCCGUUAAAUCCUUCAAGCACCAUUUUAAACGAGUACUAGGAGAAAAAUUGCUUACGUUUGAAGAGAUCAACACGUUUGCCAUCGAAGUCGAAGCCAUACUCAACUCAAGACCAUUAUGGUCGUUGUCAACGGACCCGAACGACCCAUUUGCUAUUACGCCAGCUCAUUUAAUGAUUGGACGCCCUCUAACAAUGUUACCGGAGGAAGACGUCGAAGAUGAGCCUGAAAACCGGCUUACAGUUUGGCGUUUCAUUUCUAAGGCUCGACAGCAUUUUUGGAGACGAUGGCACUUAGAAUAUUUAAGUGAACUUCAAAAACGACAGAAAUGGCACUCAAGUUCAGAAGAGCUCAAGUUGAAUGAUGUCGUAAUUAUCAUUGACAAAAAUACUCCGUGCAUGCAAUGGAGAUUAGGAGUAAUCGAAGAAAUUCAUCCUGGCACAGACGGAAUCACUCGAGUAGCAACCAUCAAGACUGCCCACGGACAAUUCAAGCGCAAUAUAACUCAACUUUGCCGACUUCCAGUGACCAAUUGA